AUGGCCCUAAGAGUCGAAAGGUCAGUGGGUGAGGGCCUGAGGCGUCUCUAUCGCCUCCCGAAGCUCACCACGGCUCCAUCCAAGGCGAGGCGCAGUGCAGAUUACUUUUCCGAUCGAUCGGCGUCGCAAUUUGAUCGAUAAAGAUAUACGCGGGACGGCGACGCGGCGACGCCGCCGACGCGGCGACGCCGGCGACGGUAUCAACACAGGCGACCGGCGUCAGCGCCAAGGAGCAAGCUUCCAAAGACGGGAUCACGAUGCUGCGCGUCGCUCGGUUGAUGCGCCAGACCGCGGCCAUCCUCACACUAAGUGGCGUGCUCACGCUCGUCCAGGCCACGUACCUCGCGCUCACACAAGACUGGUCGAAGAUCUUCGACGCCCUCGGCAUGAUCGACGACUUCACGAUCAGCUACUGGCUCCUCGUGGGGGCGGCCGCGUGCGAAACCGUGCGAAAACCAAUUUUUACGGUCGAAGCCGGGUCCCGACUAGUUCAAUUGAUACAGGUUCGAGGCCAUCACGAAUACCAAGAAUCAGGACGACAUCGACUACACGGAAACUAUAUUAAAACCGAUGGAGUCGCUCUGGGCGAGCGUCCGCCUGCCUUUGUUGAUUCCCGUGCUCAUGCUGGCCUACGAGUGCCGGACGGCCGUCGUCGCGGCGAUUGGCGCGGUCCAGAGCCUCUUCGCCUCACCGGAGGCAGUCGUCGCCGAGCCGGCCAAGAGGGGACUCUUCGCCCUGUUCGGCCGCUGAGAACCCCCACGCCGUCGACGCGACUAAUCUGCGAAAUAGACACAAAGUAC